AAAAUCUAUCUAUAUUCUUGUAACAAUGGUUUGGCCUGUAGGUCAUAUAUGCGUUUCAGUUGCCUCGGUGGCCCUGCUUGCAACAUGUGGAUACAUUUACCACCGUAAUGUGUUGGUCAAAGAGCCCACGAAUCCUGAUAUUGCUGCUGAUUUGCAGUCAAUUGCUGCGGAUUGCGGGGGCCAAAUAUUCAAGGAAUCCGUGGAGGGUACAUUGCCUGAAAUUCUACCGGAUGAGUUAGAUGCUGCUGAGGGUAUGAUUGAGCAAGCAUCCAGUGUAGGCAGUUUUGAAUUGGUUAACCUUGACGAUUUGCCUUUGGAGGAGCGCGUAAACGACGAGGCCGAUUGGCACAUGCUCCCCGAACUAUUGACAAUGCCCAAGGCUGCAGAUCUCCAGGGCUGGUCGCGACUUCCUGGUUACGCAGAGGGUUAUAUUUCACGUAAAGGAUCUUCUGAUUCGGGAUCGUCCAUAGUUGUGAUCUCUGAGGGCGACCCUAGAGAAUAUAUGCCACUGGGCGGUGUUACUGCAGGCCACAUGGACCCUAUUCCGGAAGUUCCUCCUCCCAAACAACUUUCACCACUGCACUUGGAUGAACCAGGAGCCAUCGAUAUGAAACAGGACUCAACAGAUAGCGUUUUGGGCACGGGUGCAAAUGAGCAGCUUACUGACUCUGUUGUCUGGGAUCAUUUUAGUCCUUGCAAUAUGGAUUCACAAGAAACACGAAAAAACGAAUCUGUAGAUUCAUCUACCGUCAACUCUGAUUUACCUGCGUUGCCGGAGGGAACUAGUGAUGCACCGAACAUGUUGCGCGGUGGCACUCAGGAACGUUCCGAAAAUCCAAAUAUAGAAACUCAAGCUCCUUUGCAUACAGAUGCGAAGGAUGAUACCACUUGUAUGGUAGCCGGUACAGAUGUACAGCCUAGUGUGGACCCACAUGUAACGGAUGUAUCACAAGAGCCCUUACGGGACACUUCUACUAGUAAUACAAACGAUGGUCUUCCGUCUUAUGAGGAAGCUUUAAAUAUGGUUAGAGUACAGCCUAUAUCGCGUGGAUUCCGUCUUACUGCUGAGAGGAAACUGCACGAAUAUGUAUUGAGGCUUUCUGAGCUUCGUUACAUCGUUGAAUCCAUUGUAAAGAUGCACAGUGACCAUCCUAUGGUGAAAAAAGGUGCUUUAAGUCGCGUAUUACAUCACUCAAUGUCAGCUCUGAAGUCUCUUGAAGCGGAAUUAUUACAGGCUUUAAGCAUAUUGGGUGAAAAUUAGGUUGCACCUUUUAAACCUUAAACAUCCAAGGGACUGGUACACUCACGAUUGCCGCAUUCACACGGCUUUGCUUUUCUUCGUGGCUGAGUAAAUAUUGCAAGAUAAUUUAAAGUAGUAACCCAAUGGGUUCCCUAUACCACAUGCUUCAUAUCUGCAAUCGUUCAAGGACUUAUUUUUUAGGUUAUUUGAUAUUGCUCUUUUUUCCUUGCCCUCAAUGACAUUGUAUUAUUUUCUUCCUUCGAUUAUAAAGGCGAUAUAUACUCACCCUGGAUGGUGGUACAAUUUCUUUUGCAUUGUACCAAUUG